CUGCCUAGUAUAUUUUUUGAGUGUGUUUACCGUGUCUUAUUUCAGCUAGCAGCAACUCCUUCAAAUCCGAAGCACACCAAUAAUCUCGAAAUAGCAGUCGCGUCCCAUCAUGCUCAUGGUGAACAUCAAAACUCGGAAACAUUGCGUCAACUUCGUCAUCUGAUUCAAGGGCGUCGGCAGACACCUGAAAUGGCUGUUGGUUGGUGGAAAUGGGCAAUGACCAUGAUCGGUGGAGUAGCCGAGUUGGCCGUGUAUGUCUUUUGA